ACAGCGAGAAGCGACAGAGCGGAAGAGAGAGAAGAAAUCCCUUCAAAACCCCUCACACCCCAUCCGCCGCCGCUGUCCGCUGCGCGCGUGGCGGCCGAGAGAGAGAGAGAGAGCAGGCGACGGCCGGCGUCGGGGUGGAGCACGCGAUCCUCACCAGCGCCUCUACAUCCGUGGUUCAGUGUGAGAGCAAAGCAGCAAAAUGAGCAGCCACCUAAGCUUUGAGGAAGGCUGGAAGGUCCUGGAACAGGGGAUUGUAAAGUGCUCAAAGAUUUUGGAGUGCACUAGCACAAGGCCUACCGUGGCUGAGUACAUGAACUACUAUGAUUGUUCUUACAGGAUGGCUGUGCAGAAACAACAUUACUGUCAUGAAAUGUACAAUGGUUUCAAGACAACGCUUGCAGAUUGUGUCCGUGCAAUGAUUCUGCCGCAUCUCAUGCACAAGCAAAAUGACUACUUUUUUAGAGAGCUUGUGAAAAUGUGGUCAAACUACGCCAUCAUGGUUAGAUGUGUAAUUGGCUUCUUUAGCUAUUUGGACCGCUGCUAUGUGGAGCAGUACAAACUACCAUCACUUAGCGACACUGCUGCUACUUCUUUCUUUGGUCCAGUCUUUUCCUACUUCAGUGAUGAAGCAAGAACUGCUCUUCUUACUCUGAUCCGACAAGAACGUGAUGGAAGUACGAUGGAUUCGGGCUUUCUGGAUGUUAUGCAUGGCAUAUGUCGUUCUGAAGUCAAAACAUUAAUGCAAAAUGCUGUUCUUGAAGACACAUAUGCCUACUACUCGAUGAGAAGUUCUGAAUGGAUUAUGCAGUACUCUCUGCCAGAUUACCUUUCUAAGGUUCAGGAAAGCAUGGAAAAGGAAACCAAUAGACUGGCUUACUAUCUGAACAUUUCAAGGGAUGAAAGCAUAGAUCUUUGUUUGCAGGCUGUUAAUGCUCCAUUGAUGGAAACUUACGACAGUUAUGCAAGUGAGAAACAAAUUGGUGGUCAGCUUUUGCUUCAAACAUACAAGACUGUUGAGGAGGAACUGCUUGGCAGAUGCAGUAGUUUGACACUUGGUGGCUCAGACAGCAAUUCGUUCAAUUGAGUGGAGUAGAAAGGCAACUUCUCCUAACAUCUACCAUGACCCAGCUUACAUACAGUAGAGUUUUAGAACAUGGCCUGCAUGAAGUACAACUAUUGGUGCAGCUUGAUUUUGGUAUAGCUCAAAGCUACCCAGCUCCCAGUGUGGAGCUUGUUGAUUUGGUACUAGCAGAUUUGGCCGCUGAUCUGGAUGGUGAGAUUCAGUUGUGAUUAUACAGAUGCUAUUCGUGGUUCCCAGGAUCUAGGGCUCUGAGCUCAACUAAGAGUUACGGCUCCCUCACCUUAUCAUCCGCGUCAUUCUGCAAAAUCAACACCAUUGGAAAUGUACAUGAUGGUUGAUUCUUGCGAUGAGGAUGCUCGUUUUUUCUGACUUCUGUACUACGUGAGUGAUUGUUGCAAAUGCUUGAGAAUUGGGAUGCUAGCAGGGAACUGGUGUGCGCGCUUUUGUGUGCCUGUUUUCAUCUCCUUGGUUGAGAAGGCUUGUCUAGUUUGCCUUUUCGAUGAAUUGAGUUGAUACUGCUUUCUCGCCUUUGAUUACUGAUUGCUGUGAUCUCUGGUGCAGUUGACCCCCCAAAUGCAUUUUGGUUCUGGGACAGCUGUGCAGUUGGUAUUGCAUCCUGAAGUUACUGUUCUA